AUGUUCAUAAUGGACAGUUUAGAGAUUUCUGACUCUUCUUCAGAGUCUUAACAUGAGUUAAAGAAAGCCGAAAAAAUUGAAUAUAGUUCUGUCUGCUCUACUGAUGAUGAACUUAAUUUGCACCUCAGCCCCUAGAGCGACAUUUCCCUUCCUCGCAACAUCAACAGACCUUCAGUCAAGAAGAGUUCAGUAGUGAAUUAAUUAGAAUAAGAGGAAGUACCACCUAUGCCUAUGCCCAGAACUAUUUUCGGUUUCCUUGAAAGAAAAAUUUAAUUGAAAAAUGCUAUGAAAGUCUAAGAAAACAACAACAAUAAUAAUACUAAUAAUAACAAUAUUAACAUCCAAAGUGCAGUCGUCCCCAGUAAGGUAAGCUGCGUUCAAUGCUAAUAAUCAUAGCAAAUUAUCAGUUCCAUUCAUUUCAAUAUCAAGGAUCAUGAAUUCGUAUCUGAAGAAGAGGGCAGUGAAGAUGAAUGCACUGCUUCAAACGAAAACGGUGGUUAGGAAAAUGCAAAUUAAGUUUAUCAACAGAAGAGCGGACAGAAAAAAUUCGUAGUUUAUUAAAUUGAAGCUGUCGAAACUAAAAGAAGAGGAAAAAAAAUUCUCAGCAAAGAAUCUUGGAACUUCACAUCUCGUUACUCAAUGCUCCGUGAGUUGUACCAUAGCCUUAAGAAGGAAAUUAGUGACUUCUCAAGUCUUAAUUUACCCAAAUUCCCUGGUAAAAAGUGGUUUGGUAAUACCGAUGAAAAGUUCUUAAGUGAGAGAAAGAGAGAUUUGUAAAUCUUUUUCAGUGCUCUCUCCAAAUGCAAAGUUGCCAUGUAAUCUAAAACCGUCUAAGAAUUGAUUACUGAAUCUAGAGAACUUGCUGAUGAAGAAUUUAGAUUGUGA